AUGAUACCAAGAUUAUGGAAAAACCCGUUUCGUUUGACAUCGAAUUUUCAUUCAGAAAAACUUAUAUCCGUAUAUUUGAGAUUUUUACCUGAAGAGGCGAAAGCCUCGUUGCAAAUGAUGCCUAUAAAUUUGGAGUUACAGUCGAAUUUGAAUUUCCAGCGGGAUUCAGCAAGCUCUUUAUUAAUACAAUCGAACUCAUCACCAUCUCAAUCGAACUCGACGUUGACUGCUAGCACACAAAUUACAUUUAAUUAUUUUAAUUAUCCAAAGUUUUUGCGUGAACUUGACGUCGAUGAGCUUUACUACGCCGUCAGGAAAUGGUGCUUCUGCAACGAUAACAUUCCCGUUUUGUCAAAAACACUAUUGUCAUAUCAGUGUGAGAGGCAAAUACUUCUCAUUCUCCAGGAAUUAUUUAAGCUCUUCAUGAGAUCAAGUGAAAGAUUUGAUUAUCUCUCACUUGACAUUAAAACUGUUGAGCCACUUGGGAGAGACGAUAUAAUUGGCUACAUUUCGCUACCGGGUUUUCCUGAAGAAAAUGGGUGCUUGAGGCAAUUGAAAAAAUUUAUUUCUCGUGGGUAUUAUGAAAAACAUCAGAUAUUUAAUUCGAUGGCUUUAUACUGCAAAAAUAUUCAAGAAUUGACCGUGGAAGAUAAUGAUUCUACAAAUGGUGACUCUUUGGUGGACUUGAUAGCGGUUCAAAGGAACCUCCGUAAAUUCACAAUUGCAGAUUGGUGGGGAUGUCUAUUGAAGAUUGUCCAGGCACUUACAACACAGAUAGAUACAUUAGUAUAUGUAGAAAUCUAUUGCUGUCACUUUUAUGAACUUGUAGAUGAUUCUCGAACAUUUGAAGGCUUGUCUUUGUGUGUAAACUUAGAGACUUUAAAGAUUGAAAAAUGCCACAAUAUAACCGGUGAGAUAAUGCAACCAUUGGCCAUCGCGACAUUUUCAAAAUUAAGGACAUUUCAUUUUUCAACCUUUAUAUAUCCAGAUGACAUUGAUUCACCUUGUUUAGAACUUUCAGCGAUGAUACAAAACACAAAGGGUAGACUAGAAAAUUUAAGUUUGGACAUGGACUUGAGUAAUUAUCCAAAGAUAAUCAAAACCUGUGCUAAGAAUUGUCCGAAUCUAAAUUACUUCAAGGCCAAAAUUCUGAGUCAUGAUGAAAUAAAACAGUUAUUGGAAUUAUUAGAAAAUUGUAGAAAAUUAGAGAUAUUAAAAAUCAACGAUCGUUAUGAAACAGGAAGAGUGGGCCCGUUAUCGUUAGAACUUUUACCUUAUAUGGGUCAUCUUAUACCACCCACUUUAAAAUACUUAAAGAUAUAUGAAUGGACAUGCACUCCGAGAGAGUUGGAAGCCUUUUUAAAUAGUUGCAAAGCAAGACUGAAGAAAAUGUCUUUUAUGUGUUUAGAAAAUAGCAAAAGUUAUUAUUUGGAAAUAAUAAAGGAAUAUGCGAGAAACAAUAAUAGGGUUGUAAAAGGUUAUAAAAAGACGGAGGAAUGGGAUGUAAGUUUUAAGUUAUCCAUUGAGUUUUAUGAUUAA